UGUGUUUUUAUGGGUGGAGACUGAGGUCCUCCUCCAAAAAAACAAGCAGGCACCAUCAGCAGCAGCAGCCGAUACUUCAUUACAGGCCGUGGAAGCUGAAAAUUAUUCAGGACAGUUCGUGUUUAAGCUUUUCAGAUAGUGCGGACUGUACAUUGGAAAAACGAGAGAUGAGUCAGGCAGAGCAGGUGCCUGAGGACAUGCCUGCAUACCUCCAAGAUGAGCCAGACACCCUGAAGGACCACCCACAGACACAGCCAGGCAUGUUUGGCAGGCUGGCAGGGGGAUUGUACGGUGCCACCAAGGGCGCUUUAGGAGCAACGGUGGGCGGUGUGACCUGGAUAGGAGGAAAGAGUCUGGACCUCACCAAGACCGCUGUUACCUCUGUAGCUGCAGUGCCCGCAAUAGGAGUGGGGCUGGUUAAAGGAGGAGUAUGUGCUGUUGCUGGAGGAGUGACUGCUGUUGGUUCUGCAGUGGUCAGCAAAGUUCCCAUAGGGGGAGGCAAAAAGAAGGACAAGUCUGAUUGACGGGACGAGGAGAGUGAAUGCAGAUGAGGUGUACGGAUCACACUUUGCCUGUUUUAGUGUUCAAUCAACAGUGGCUGAGCAGGAAAAGAGCAGAAGAAGACUCAAAAGUUCAGUGUACACUUUUGGUGAGGUGUCUGUGCUUUGUUUUUUGAGUUUGUUUUUUACAUAUAUAUUUUUUGGUAUACCCCACAUUCAUACAAUUAUGUGACAAGGACCUACAAAGCAAGAACUAACAGAGACUCUCCUGCUCUGUUGUGAAAGUAAAACUAUGAUCACCAGUGCCUCAAAUAAAAUGUCCAUGUUUCAUUAUUUAUGAUAAGCUAACACUUUUUUUCACUGUAUUUGUCACAUUAGUUAACUUUAGUACUGAAGGAGAAUAGCAAAGAGUGUAAAUGUACUAAAGUUUCACUUGCAAGACAAUCAGUGAUCAAUAAUGAUCUAUAACUGACAAUGAGGAGUUUAUUGGGAAUAAGAAAUGUUUCACUGUCCACUGGCAGUUACUUUUGAAUGGAUCUGGAAAUGUGAACAGCAUCAUUAACACACCUUCCUGUUCAAUGAAUUGUUCAGGAUGUGCAAAUGAACAAAUAAGUCUGAAGAUGUGAAAGGUGCAGUCCAUUGUAAUAUUCAAGCUACGCAAAGACUGUGAUCAUUUAGAUUUUCCUCUUUAUGUCAUCAGCUCAGUAAGAAACAACUCCUGCUUUUGAUAGAAAAUCUGAUUUAUUAUGAGAAGAAUGAGUUUAUUUUGAUCGCAAUUAACUUUAUUGUUGGUCUGAAUUACAUUAGUGACUAUACUAACUGAGUGUUAAGUUCAUUGUAUCACAUUUUAUAAGUUACACUUCUUUUGGCUCAGCUCUAUUUACUCUGACAUGUUGCUUACUGCCACUCUCAAAUCAAAGUAUGUUUAACAAAAGAAAUGGCCCACAUUUGGCCGCAGCAGUUUCAUAAAUGUAAAAUAAAUGUCUUCCACUCCAUCAAAACUUGACCUGUAAAGGAACACUAGUUCUGAACCCUAACAUUUCCCUAAUGCUCCUUCAUUAUGGCCUAUAUGGUCACUGGGUUUACUAUUUCAAUACAUUUUUAAUUGUAAAAUUCAAGCCUUGUGUCAUGCAGAGCUAAGGUUUCAAAGCUUUUAUUUUUAUCAGUGUUGCAGAAUGUUUGGAUUUUUGCUGAACAAUGAGAAUUUAUUGAAACAUGACAAUGCUGUAUUCAAAACUUGUUUAAUAAAACAUGCUGAAGGUUG